CGUUCCUCAUUCUGGCGAGGGUCUGUGAAACCCUCUCUCUCUCUCUCUCUCUUCAUCUCACCAUUUCUCUGCUUUUUCCUGUUUUGCCAUUUUCUUGGAAUUAUUUUCCCUCCGGUCGUCGUUGAAAUUUCCGACGUAAUUCCCGGCGACCAAAUCAUGUCGAGGUUUAUCGCCGGCGAUUAGCCGGGGACCUGACGGAUCUGGCCCAUUCGAAUGGCGUCAGCCCUUUUGGCAAGUCGAAAUGAACCGUCUUGGGGCGAACGCAAGGUUUAUAUGAGGAAAUACGCCAACACAGCCUCCAAUAAUCCUCUCCUUAAGCUCAACCCUAACCCAAACCCCAACCCGUAUCAGAAUCCGAGCUUUAGCAGGCAAUUAUAUGUCCCAACCCGGCAGAGUAAGGGGUCGGUGGCGCCGUCCGUGUCUGACGAUACGGCGUCGCCGCCUCGGAAAUCGAUGAGCCUGAACGAGACGAAGGAUUCUGAGUCACGUGGAGGCCACGUGACCUUCAAUCUCGCGGCCUUCUCGAGGCAUGAGCUGGCGGACCUGAAGAAGCGCCUCAUCUCGGAGCUCGAGCAGGUCCGGAGCCUCUUGACCCGGAUCGACUCCGAAGACUUGGGGUCCCGGUCCGGAUACCUGGCGUCUAAGCCUCCGCCUCUUCAGCUAAACGACGUUGUGGACUCACCCAAGCACAAAGAGAAGAGGACGCCAAAGGCGAACCAGGCAUAUCCCUCGUCGGAGUUCCUGACCGCCGGAAAGACCAAGAAGGCGGGUCCGAAGAGCUCUGGCAUCAAACGGCCCAACCCGUUUGGGUCGGGCAAAGAUCUGAAGCGCCCGGCGCUGGACCACCCCGACACCGAGAAGCUCAACGCCAUCAUGAUGAAACGGUGUGCUCAGAUCUUGAGCAAGCUGAUGAAGCACAAGUUCGGAUGGGUCUUCAACACGCCGGUUGACACCGUCAAACUGGGACUCCACGAUUACCACAAGAUCAUCAAGGCCCCGAUGGAUCUCGGCACCGUCAAGUCCAAUCUGGACAAGAAUAUCUACUCUUCGCCGCUUGAUUUCGCGGCCGACGUGAGGCUCACCUUCAACAAUGCCCUAGCCUACAACCCUAAGGGCACCGAUGUCAAUUUAAUGGCGAGCCAGCUCUUAUCCUUGUUUGACGAAAUGUUCAACCCGGCGUACCACAAGUUUGCGGCCGAACAGCGCCGAGUUUCAACCACAAUACAAGAGCCACGACCUAGGGUUUCGACUCAACAGCCACAGAGGCUUGCAUCUGGUCCUGUGCCGGUGGCGAUUGCGAAGAAAUCAGAGACAUUACCACUGCCAGCUCCGCCACAGCCAAUGCCGGCUCCAGUUCUGGUUCCAGCUCCAAAGGCGAGGCCGGUGAAGCUGCCUAAGCCGAAGGCGAAGGAUCUGAACAAGAGGGAGAUGAGCUUCGAAGAGAAAGCGAAGUUGGGGGUGAGUCUGCAGAAUCUGCCUCAGGAGAAGAUGGGGCAGUUUGUGCAGAUUAUUCGGAAGAGGAAUGGCCAUUUAGCGCAGGAGGACGACGAGAUCGAGCUCGACAUCGAGACCAUCGAUACGGAGACGCUUUGGGAGCUGGACCGGUUUGUGACGUACCAUAAGAAGAUGGUGAGCAAGUUGAAACGACAAGGGCUUUUCAUUCAAAACAACAGCAAUACCCAGGUUUCGGCUGAAACCCAGAUUGGAAACAAGUCCCCGGUGGUGAGCGAGGCGGUGGCGGAGGCGGUUCCAGCGCAGAAGAGCAAAAAAGUGGAAAUUGGGGAGGAGGAUGUGGACAUUGGAGAGGAGAUUCCUAUGGGAAACUUUCCACCUGUGGUGAUUGACAAAGAGGAUGCUACUGCUUGUGCCAGUAGUGGGUCUAGCAGCUCUAGCGGUUCAAGCUCUAGUAGCGAUUCCUCUUCCUCUAGCGGUUCUGAUUCUGGGAGUUCUUCAGCCAGUGACUCCGAUGCGGACAGCGUGCAGUCACCGUUUGUUGAAUCAAAAGAAGCUCAGGGGAGCUGAAGUUCUUCAGUGUGCAGUAGGAUUAGUUUGUGAGAUGGAGAAGCUCAAGCUUACCCAGAAGAAAUUGAUUGUAGACUACGGUAGUGGGUGAGAAGAUUAAGGAAGUGGGUUUCGUUUGCAUUGUUGCUUUUUGGUGUCAAUGGUGCCGGAUUGAACGAGGGGCCGAAGAGGGAAAACUCGGGUUGCUUUGGUGUGUGGUUCUGUAAAAAGUAAAUGACCAGUUAAGGAGCAGCAGUAGAUAGAGAGGAAUGAGAAAAAAGCUUAGGUGAGAGAGAGAGAGAGAGAGAGAGAGAGUAGAGUAGUGAGGUAGGUGUAGGUUUUUUCUUUUUUUAGUGGGGGGACUGUAACAGAGGAGGAGGGAGGAGGAGGAAGAAAUGGGAUAAUUUUUUGUAGCAUACAAAACAACCACAUGAUUUUCAGAGUGGUCAAGAAGAAGCAAUAGCAGAAAACAUGUACAGUGAAGAAAAUCAUCAUCUAAAACACAAGGCAAAUGAAUAGUUUGACCUCUUUACCCUAUUUUUGAAGGGCACGGCAAUGCAUGCCUUUUCCUUAUCUGUCAACACUACUUUAUUAAAGCUUUUUUACUUUA